CGACAGCACUUGAAGGCCACAGAUCUCUGAUAAACGCGUACGCAGCGAGGCAGCGAGGCAGCUUCACUCCAAGGAGAGGGCACUGCUUCAGGCUUCAAGGUGGUAUUCGAGGCUUCGCUUCUGUUUGCUGCACAAAAUGCUCAACCCGCAGAGGUCUCUGUCUGAGCUGCCCAAGAUGUCCGCUGCCAGUCAAGUGGAGAGAGCUGUGUUGGAGGAGGAAUUCAACUGGCUGCUUAAAGAAGAAGUGCACGCUGUCCUUAAGCAGCUCCAGGAUGUCCUCAAGGAGGCAUCGAGACGUUUCUCCAUGCCGACACCCGGCCUCGAGAGUCAGCUCAAACAGGAAAACUUCAUCCUCGGCAGCUCAACCAUGGAUCAAGUGAAGGGGGUGCUGACUCUGCAGGGAGAGGCUCUGACUCAGGCUGACAUAAACCUGAAGGUUGCAAAGAGCAGCCAAGUGCUGCACUUUCAGUUCAGAGAGGACAAGCAGUGGAAACUGCAGCAGAUCCAGGAUGCCAGGAACCAUGUGAGCCAGGCUCUCCAGCUGCUCAGCAGCCAUGAUGAGAGCUACCACUUCAAGACCGGGGCUGAGGUUAAUAAGCUCAUGGAUGCAGUGAUGCUCCAGCUGACGCGAGCACGAAACCGCCUCACCACCCCAGCCUCCAUGACGCUCCCUGAGCUGGCCACCAGUGGUCUGAUGAAAAUGUUCACUCCUCCCAUGCCUGGGGAUGUGAUGGUGAACUUUUACAUCAACUUAAGCAAACUGUGUCUGACUGUCUACCAGCUUCAUGUGCUACCUCCCAACACCACUAAGAAUUUCAAGCCAGCUGGAAGCUCAGUGUUGCAUAACCCUGGAGCAAUGUUCGAGCUCAACAACAACCGGUUUGAGGUGAGCCACGUUCACAAGGUGGAGUGUGUGGUGCCUUGGCUUAAUGAUACCCUGGUAUUCUUCACCAUCUCCCUGCAGCUCUGUCAGCAGCUCAAGGACAAGAUAUCUGUCUUCUCCAGUUUCUGGAACUACAGACCUUUCUAAUCCACCUCCUGUCCAUGUUCCAGAGACCAGUCAGACCCAAGUGUAACCGCACAAGUGUAAGGGACUUCCUGGGAAAGUGUUUCUUUUUUUAAAUAUAUUUAUCAUAUGGUCAUUCAGUUUCAAGUGUUGCAUGAUUAGUUGAAGGAGCCAGUCAGACCCCACUGUUUGUCAGGUAUCACUGUUUGCCUUUCCCAGUUGUGUUAGCCCAGCUGACUGACAUUUCCCUGAUGUGUGUGUGUGUGUGUUGCAUUCCACAGCGCUGACUUGAACUUCUGAAUGCAUGAAUGUGAUUGUUGCUGAUUUAUUAUAAUGAUUUUUUGUUACAUUACUACUUGGUACUUACUGAGUCUUUAUCUGGUUCUUAUCCCAAAGUUAUCUUCUGAACUGUGGAACACUAAUUUGUGCACUAAGGGUUGGAAGACUAAACAGCACUAAGAGGUCACAGUGGGAAGUUCUUGUGUUUUUCCUUCACAAUAUUGUCCUAGUUUCUUUCUCACAGGCUUCAAAAUGGCAUUCCACCAAUUUUACAUGUCAAAGUCAAUUUUGUAGUCAUGGUUAGCACUACUAAGUCAGUAUAUAAUAUCUUCUGUGGCUCUGGGGGAGCUUUGUCAAGUCUGAGAAAAUAAGUGACAUCACAUGAGUAAUCUUGGGGUGUUUUCAAACCUAUAGUUAGUUCGCGCUGAUCUGAAUCAGUGGAUGAGAUGGUAAACUUGUGUGUUCUCCUUGGUUUGGUUUCUUUUCACAGAAAAUAACUUAAAGCGAACCAAAAUGCAUCACUGAAAGUCAGGUGAGAACGUUCUCUCCACUCAUUGGUUAGAUGCGUCUGGGGCGAGAGCAAGAAAGUAAACACAGGAGGAAGGUCCUGACCAAGGUCCUCUCUGCCCAGAUAUCAAGAAGGCUACGCACUUGGUUGCUAGUCCAGGUCAGACCUCGAUUCAUUCUCCAGCUAGCUGCUAACAACAACUGUUCAUUCGCAUCCCAGAAUGCAAAGCUCACCUGGAUAUGGGAGCCGUUUAGCUCAAACUUGCAGUACGCCUUGUAGUUGGGUCAGAUCGAGGUCAGAUCACGUUCCCACCACAAACGAACUGCUUCAGAAUUUAUUUGUGACCGGACUGAGAUCACUUCCUCUAAACAGUCUCGGUGCAGUUGUUCAGUCGACACUGAGGUAGGAUUGCUAUGUUCAGAUCUGCGCAAACCAAUCGUACCAAGAGGGAAACUGAACGUGAGUCUGAACUAAACAAUGCAGGUUUGAAAACGGCCUUAGUUUGAGUUUGGGAGCCCACAUAUUUCUAAUAGAAAGUAGAAGAAGAAACUGGAAGGGUGGAGUUUGAAAGAAGUGGGCAUUUACUCGGAAGGAGGGUCUAACAAAAGACACUGUUGAGUUGCAUUAUGGGAUGUGUAAGAUCCAGUGUUUUUUGUGAAGUCAGGAUAUCUCGACCUGUGCUGACCAUCUUGUUUACUUAUUUAUUUAUCUGUCUGUUGUAAGUCCCCUUUAUUGAAGUGCAAUACAAAGUCACCGGAGUCAUCUCUGCAUUUACACAACAUCCACCUGUACUAAAGAAGCUGUCCAGUAUCUGUAUCUGGUCGUGGUUUUACUAGAUGACACUACUCACUUCUUUCAGAAAAAGACUCAAAAGAUUUGUUUCAGCUUCACUAAUCCAUAAUUAUGCUUAUGUGACAGGUCACAGGUUACUUUAGGUUACGUUUAAAGCGCUAGGCGUUGCAUGUAUAUUAAGAAUGCAACAGUUUUGCAAAAAGUUUUAUAAGUUUUAAAAAUGUCAUAGCUGUGAGGGGAUGCAAUAGUAUUAGGAAAACAUUUCCCACUGUGAUCUUUGAGGUGAUACAAACAUGUUGGUGACAGAAAAUAUGUUUCCUCAUUCACUGACAGUAUAGUAUCAUCUGUUUGUGGCCCAGUUCCAAUGUCCGUCCUUCCAGACUCAGCUGAGUCGCAAUUACGACUCGGAUGUUGACAUGAACAAGUUGGUAACUGGAAAAUUACGAUAACUCCGAUAUGACGUUAACGUAGCAUUAAGGUGGACAUUGGAGCUGGGCCAGUUUCGUUUGUUUUUGUUGUUUUGCCCAAUUUGGUGGAAAUGACACAACUCACGUUCCCUGUUUGUUACUACACGGAUAUGUCUAAAUAAUAAGCUACUUGUCAUAACUUUGUCACUGUUCGUCUAUGAUCAUAUUUAUUUUACACAUUUUGCACAUAUGCUGUUGAUUCCCUGUGAACCAAACACUAAUCCAAUCAUGAACAAAUGACUUCAUUCCAGUAAGUGUUAAUCUAUUUUGAAUAGUUGCUUAUCAUAUUGAAAUUAUUUAUGAUGUCUGUGCAAUAAAAAGAUUCUAAACAAUAA